AUGUCUUUUGAGUUGGGAAUGGAGUUCUCAGAAGCCAGCAAUGUUCUUCUCAUGUCACUGAUGGAAGAAACGCAGGAAGAAGAGUACUAUGGCGAUGACAGACUUGUGAGCAUGAUUCAGUCACUGGAGGCAGAGAUCAGUGACACUGAAAUGGGGCACGUGGACGACCAAGAUUGCUCCACGUCAGACAGUGACCCUGAUCAUUGGGUUGACAUGGAAUUGAUCUCUUCCUUGCCCUUCGAUGAGAUUAAUGCAUGGAUGGGUGGUGGAGAUGAGAUGGUGGAGCAUGCAGCAAUGGAAGAUGAAGCUGCAAAUGACAUCAAUGAUUUUGAAUUGUAUUAUGGAGUGUUCUUGGAGCAGCAACAUGCAGAGAGACUUUCUUUGUCACAAGGGCAAACUGCAGUAUUCUGA